AUGGCUGAAGGAAUUGAAGGAAUCACUGAGGUGCCAGUGGAGUUUGUCAAAAGCGGUGUGCAGUUUGUUGCAAAAUGCACCAAGCCAUCCCAGAAAGAGUACUGGAAGAUUGUUAGAGCCGUUGGUGUUGGUUUCUUGAUGAUGGGUUUGGUGGGCUACGCCAUCAAGCUGAUCCAUAUCCCAAUCAGAUAUCUGAUUGUUUAA